AUGUCAGAACCCGAGCGCGCUAAGCCAUGCGACCUCUGUAGCGCUCUGAUGGAAAUGUUCCGAGGUGUGCGAAAGGAGCAUAUUGAUAUUUCGGCUUUUCAAUCGCAAGGCGCGCUUGACUGUAGCGAACACACAUCGCUGAUUGAGCAAUUCACAGAGUACUGCCAGCCGAAAUCGACACAUAACGAUCAUCGCCCCAAGAAGGACAUGGGGUUUCAAGGCAGAGAGGGCGGAGAGAGCGUCGGGGAGGUAAGGAUAAUUGAAUCACUAGAAUCAGGGGGGCUGUAUUGGGAACUCUUACUCUGCCCGAGUACAGACUGCACAGAAGAAUUUGCGAAAGGCGACAUCUUGGAUCCGGACUGGGUCGAUCUGACAAAAGUCAAGCAAUGGAAGUCCGAUUGUCUGGCCUUGCAUGGAAGCAAAUGCAACGACCCGAUGAGAAUCUGGAUAACUGCACCAGCUUGGCUUGUGGAUGUUGAGUUGGAGUGCGUAGUUCCUGGAGAAGAACAUGCCAAUUUUGUUGCGUUGAGCUAUACAUACGGAGAUCAUCUCGGUCUCAGGGCGGAUGCUGGGUUAAGUGCGAGACUUCGGGAGCCUCAUGCCUUCCGCGCAGAGGAAAUAGCGUCUCGGAUCCCACCCAUACUCAACCAUGCUAUGUUUAUAACAAAAGGCCUAGGUGAACGAUAUCUGUGGGUGGAUGCCUUAUGUAUCGGUCACGACGAUCCUGCAGAAACUGCGCGCCAGCUCAGAAUGAUGGGUUCCAUCUACGCCAGUGCUACACUGACCAUCAUCGCUGCUGAUGGAGACGCUGAAGACGGUAUAGUCGGCUUGAAUGGUGUAUCUAAAUCAAGAGCACUGGAGCAGAAAUUGAUCUCCUUCGGAUCGCGAAAAGUUAUCGUUCGGGACACACAUAUAUUCUCUUUAGUUCAUGGACAAACUCCAUACUUCUCGCGAGCAUGGACAUACCAAGAACACCGGCUGGCGAAGAGGAAGCUAUAUUUUCUAUACAAGACAGCGCACUGGGAGUGCCAGCAUUGGCAGUCUCAUGAGGAGCUCAUACCAGGUGCUGAGAUAGAAACAUAUAUCGAGCCACGACUCGUAGAAAGCCUCGACGGAUUUCCGGAAUUAAGCUCUCUCAGUAAUAUCAUUGGCAGCUACAAUGACAUGAAUCUGCGAUACCCCGAAGACGCCCUUCCAGGAAUCACUGGCUUGUUAGCCGUGCUUAGUCGUAGUUUCGAAGGCGGCUUUCUUUUCGGGAUUCCGGAGAUGUUCUUCCAUCGAGCGCUUGCAUGGAGACCGCAGUGGCCGUUUACAGAACUUCAGCACCGAACGCCAUCUGAUAGACCAAGAGAAUCCCAACUACUGUCGGGCCAUCUGCCAUCGUGGUCAUGGGUUGGAUGGAAGGGGUUAGUAAACCUGGGUCAAGAAGCGGGUAGGAUAAACGACAUAGCUAGUACGAUCGAGGAGACCUAUCCUAUGGUCGAGUGGUAUACUGCUUCGUCACCUACAGCAAGCGCAUCCGAACGUCGAUGCAUCCGUUCUAAUUGGUACGAGCAUCGCGAAGAGUGGAAAAGAGGAAUGACACAGCUACCUGGAUGGACAGCAGUAGAUAUGGAGGAUGACAAAGGCACCUAUAAAGAUGAGCCACGCAUCUUUCCAGCAGGGUGUGGAGGCCGUGUGUAUCGCCAUCAGAACAUGAUUCAUGACAAGAAUCACGGUCCGACAAACGAUUGGUACUUUCCAUUCCCGGUUGCGCAGAUCUCGGGCGCAACAGAACCUUCGAUGCCCGACCAAACCCCAUAUCUAUUCAGUCGAACGCAGCGCAGUUUUGUUGUAGGAAGAAGGGCUAGUGGUUUAACGGACCACAUGCCAGACGAGAUGGCCAAUAUCAUCGCUCUUUGUCACUGUUCGAGCGGACGUUUAGUUGGCACGCUUCAUUUACACUCCAGAGAACAGCUGGAACGGUUUCCCCUCGCUGAAGAUGCGCCCACAUCGGGUCAUGGGCGCAUUCAUAAUCAAUUGGAGCGCUUCUUGGUCCUUAAGAAGGACACGAAUACAGAAAUAGCUACAGAGCCAACAGAUGAGAAUCUUUCCAAGAUUGAGAUCGUCGCUGUGAGUAUGACCAGAUCUGAAAGCAAAACCCGGAACAAAGAGACCGGGCGCAGCGAAAAGCCCUUUGUCACUACUGAGGCAGUCAACGUUCUUUGGAUCGAAUGGGAGAAUAGCAUUGCCUAUCGGAGAGCUGCUGGAAGUGUUCAGAAGAAGCACUGGGAACAGCUUGAACUUGAGGACCUUGAUCUAUGUGUGCAGGGUCUGUUGAAUUACCAACCCAAUGGCUCCGAUGAUGGGGGUCUGAUUUUGAUGAAGGGUAGCAGCAAACUGCAUGACGAUUUCUUUCGCGGGAAGAGAGAGCAAGACAACCGCGAGGAUAAACCUCCGGAGGAAGAGGACUUCAAGGAUCUUUUUAUCUUCAAGGAAGAUGAUGUCCAGUGGUUCAAGGACCGUGGGCGCAUGCUGGAGAAAGUGAACCUUGAUCUUGGUGACUUGGUGCUCUGGCAUUCUCGCACCAUGUACUACGCUUGCUUCCCUCAAGGCAACCGCAUUCCUCAAGUCCAGCAUGUCUGCAUGACACCCGCCAAAUUCGCGAAGAAAGAGGAUCUCCAGCUCAAGGCUGAGCUCUUCAAGACAUGGCAGAGUACGGCGCACUGGCCGUACUGUAACAUUCGCAAGCAGGGCCCACCAGAGAGGGAUGGAUAG